AUGGCCUCCGUUCAGUUCCCCGCUCGACAGCGCUUGAUAUGUGCUUCAAAUGGAGCAACAUGUGAUGGAGGAUUACCUGUUUGCUCUUCAUGUCUCUCGUUAAAAGAGGCUUGUAAGAAACCAGAAAUUAGAAUCGAGGUGCCAUGGCAGAAAUCUCCUACCUAUCAAUCUUGCGAGGUCCCGUCUCAUGAUCUCAAGCAUAACGACGCAGUCUUCACGGAAGAUUUCGUCAAUGCACAACAUGGGGAGUUUAUAAAUGGCAUUACGCAAGUUUAUGAAACUCUUCGUUGCAUGAAAUGUAUUGAAGAAUCAGAAAUCGGGCGGCCUCCUCAUCAAAACCUUCCCAAGGAGGAGCUCGUCACGAUUGGAUGA